GCAUGUUCGGGUGUUUGACCCCCGGUCUCGGCCAGGAUCGGCAACGAUGACAGACGAUGAUUCAAUUCAGUGACUGAACUUCUUAUCUUAUGACUGUUCUUUGCCAGCUUGCAUCGCAACUUUUUCUUCCUGUAGAUUGUAUCACGUUACCUUAUUUUCUGUGUUCAUUAGCUUGGUUGUAUUCAAACCCCCAAGAUCCAAACUCGGACGUCACCAGAUAAACGACGACAACAGUGAAGAGAACAACAACACUGCUAACAAGACGCCAAUUCAUCAACAAUGCAGAGCUUAAAGUCGGCGUCGGUGGCUAACGCCGUCCGAAGCGCUACCCGCAUCUCCCAACGCUCGGUAUCACGCAAGACCCGCGCUCUCAGCUCGCUCAACAGCUCCGCCAUCACCACCCUUCGUCCCCAGACUACCACUCGCAACGUCUCCCGCACCACAGCCAUCAGCGGAACUCUCCUCUUGCCCAAGACCCAGCAGCAGGCCCGCCAUGGCUCCUCGUCCGCCUCGUCGGAGGCCCUCCAGAAGACGCCCCUCUACGACCUGCACCUCGCCCACGGCGCCCAGAUGGUUCCCUUCGGCGGCUUCCACAUGCCGGUGCAGUACAAGGGUCUCUCAGUGAGCGCCUCGCACGCCUUCACGCGCGAGCACGCCUCCAUCUUCGACGUCAGCCACAUGGUGCAGCGCGUCUUCUCGGGCCCAGGAGCCCGCGAGUUCCUCGAGCGCGUCACGCCCUCCGACUUGGCCUCUCUGGGCGUCCACCGCAGCACCCUCUCGGUCCUGCUCACGGCGGACGGGUCCGGCGGCAUUGUGGAUGACACCAUCGUCACCAAGCUGGCUGAGGACAUGUUCUACGUCGUCACCAAUGCCGGCUGCCGCGAGAAGGACAACGAGUACUUUGAGCAGGAGCUGGCCAAGGCCAAGGAGUCCGGCUUAGAGGUGACCCAGGAGCAGCUGGACGGCUGGGGCCUGGUGGCCCUGCAGGGUCCUGAGGCCGAGGCCGUUUUGGCUGAUGCCCUCGACGCCCUCGACGGCAACACCGAUCUCAAGCAGCUGUACUUUGGCCAGUCGGUCUACGGCAAGAUAAAGCUUGAGGACGGCAGGCUCAGCACGCCCUUGCUGAUCAGCCGCGGCGGCUACACGGGCGAGGACGGGUUCGAGAUUUCGAUCCCGCCAUCCGAGACCGUCGAGGUCACAGAAAAGCUGCUUACCGCGGGCGGUGCCGAGCGGGUCCAGCUCGCCGGUCUCGGCGCGCGCGACUCCCUCCGCCUGGAAGCGGGCAUGUGCCUGUACGGGCACGACCUGGACGAGACCGUGUCUCCCGUCGAGGCCGCUUUGAGCUGGAUCAUUCCCCCGAACCGCCGCAAGGCGGACGCAGGAUACUACGGCGCCGAGACCAUCGUUUCGCAGCUGACUCCCAAGAGCAAAGGAGGAAAGGGCGUCACCCGUCGUCGCGUCGGCUUUAUCGUGACUGGUGCUCCGGCCAGAGAAGGCGCGGAGAUCGUGGCCAAGGGAGACCCGGCCACGAAGCUUGGCAGGAUCACGAGCGGGUGCCCCAGCCCCACCCUGGGGAAGAACAUUGCGAUGGGGUACAUCGAGGAUGGCCAGCACAAGAGCGGGACGGAGGUGGAGGUGUUGGUGAGAGGACGGGCGAGGCCGGCGGUGGUGACCAAGAUGCCGUUUGUGCCUAGCAAGUAUUACAAGUCUGCUUAAAGGACUUAAAAAGGGCGGAUAGGGGUUUAUUGGCGGGGAGGGAAGGGUUGAAUGGUAUAAUGAUGAUGGACAAGGGAGUCCAUUGAUUCAACAACAAUGAAUUUCUGCGGCAGGAAAAAUGAGGGUAUUUAUAGGAUCACGAAUGGCGUCAAACCGGGCACGGCGAUGUUAUAUAUUGUUUUCAACAACUGGGCAGAACAGGACAGCUAAUGGGUGUCUGGAAACUACUGCCUGUUUACCGACGACGGGUUUUGGCAUACGUUGAUGGAGGAAAUACCAGAGUUCUGAAUCCAAUGCCGUCUUGAUGUG